AUGCCAAAAACCACAGUAGAUGACCCGAGGUCUGAACAACUGGUCAACCUCGCCAUUGAGUUCCAAACCCAAAGGAUUAACAGCGGCGUGCCAAACGUUGAAGAUAAUCCAUUUUUUGUCGCAGAUCUAGGACGGGUCACUCGUCAACACCGACGUUGGAAGCUGAACCUCCCCAAUGUCCAACCAUUCUAUGCGGUAAAAUGCAACUCCGAUCCUCUCUUACUUCGCGCCCUCGCGGAACUGGGUGCCGGCUUUGACUGUGCCUCGAUCGAAGAAAUACGAUCCGUGUUGGCGCUGGGCGUUGAUCCAUCCCGGAUUAUAUUCGCCAACCCGUGCAAGCCGGCCGCGGCGCUUAAUUAUGCCAGAGAGGCUGGUAUUGUGACUACAGUUUUUGAUAAUAUAGAUGAGCUAGAGACAAUACAUUGUUAUAUGCCUCGCGCACAACUCUUGUUACGAAUUUACGCCAAUGAUGCCAGUGCGCUGAUAAACUUCGGAGACAAGUUCGGAGCGCCGGCAGGGAUGACGCGGGCUUUGCUGAAUAGGGCAAAGGAACUGAGUCUGGAUGUUGUUGGGGUUAGUUUUCAUGUUGGUACCGGCGCCAACGACCUAAACUCAUUCCGAAAGGCAAUCAAAGAAGCCCGAAUAGUUUUUGACCAAGCUGAAACCUUCGGGUUUACAAUGAGGAUUGUCGAUGUCGGUGGCGGAUUUCAAGACAAAAACUUCGGAGAAAUAGCGUCCACAAUCCGUGACUCCUUAGCUGACAAUUUCCCCAGCACGACCAGAUUUAUCGCAGAGCCCGGCCGGUUCUACGCACGAUCGGCAUAUACGCUAGUAUGCAGGGUAAUAUCCCGGCGACGACAGGUGGGAGAAGUAUGUAAGGAUCAACCGGAUAUGUUAUACCAGAAUGAUGGACUGUACGGGAAUUUUAUGAACUGUUUAAUGGAGAAAGAGAUUUUUCAUCCGAUUCUCAUACCGGAUCAUGGUUCGUUGGGUGAUAGAGAGGAUGGGCCUCAUAGGUAUACUAUCUGGGGGCCGACGUGUGAUGGAUGUGACUAUGUUGUGAGGGAUACUACUCUUCGUUGUGAGGCGAAGGUAAGGGAUUGGUUGAUGUAUAAGAAUAUGGGAGCGUACACUAAUGCAACAGCUACUCGGUUUAAUGGCUUCUCGAGUAAUAUCUUAACUUUAUAUGUGGAUAGCGAGCUGCCUGGCCAAGUCUGAACCGCUGAUUAACGGCUGGAUAUUUAGAAGACAGGCCCGCAAAACAAAUCAAAUCCAGGAUCCCAGUUACUCCCAUCAUCGGAAUGAAGUAGAUUGUUGAUUGUAAAGUCGUUAUCAUGGAGUUCCGGAAAGGCCCACGAAACAUCGCUGCUGGUUCCGGUAUCGUUGCCAGUCGAGCCCGGUGCGACAUACGAAGGGUCAAGGAUUUGGUCCAGGAUGCGGGUCAGUUUCGCCUUGACCUUCUUGCAAAAUCCCAGAUUGCCACUCCCAGGCCUAGCGACCCAGCUUAGGCAGGAGAUGUAGACGGUGAGCUCCCGUAUUAUCUCCGCUCGAGGCAAGCCGGGGUAGGUAGGACUCAGUACGGAAUUGGAGGAUUGGAGUAACUCCGUCGCAAGGAGCUCGGCACUGGGGAGACCGUACGGUAGGAA